UGGCCGGCGGCCCCGUGGCUCGAGGGCGCUUCGCCCCGUGCCCCGCGUCUGCGCAGGGGCACAGACAGACACCCGUAUUCACCGCGAAAAUAACAUGGAGGCGGCCCCUCGUGAAAACAGAUGGUAGCUGCAGGUGCCCUUGAGACGGCCCUCGGCGGGCGGAAGGGGCGGAGGGCGUGAGGCGGCGGAGGGCGGUUACUUCAUGGCUAGAGAAAAUGUAUAAGGAUCAGCCUGUUCCAGAGUAUGAAAAGAGUGCAAGGGCAGUUGAUGUCCUGUAUAAAUUUGCAGAGUACAAUGAAGAAAGAGACAAGGAUGUUUCACUGCUGAUAGAGAACAUGAAUAAGCAGGCAACAGAAUAUCAAGAGGAAGCUAACUCUCUAGAGGACCUUCUCAAAGAAAGCUUGGAUCUUUUCCUGUCCAGUCUGUCCAGUGAAGGCACCAACUGCCUCAUGUUUCUGGUAAACACCGCAAUGACGCUUGAAACAAAAGACACUUCUCUUGCCUGCUUCUUCGCUGCCAUCUGUGAGAUGACUUCACUGCAGUAUGCAACACAGUUGAAAAACAGAAAAAAGAAAUUGAAAUUGAGAGACAUUAACAAAAACCUAACUUCAAUGUUGGCUCUGGAACAGCAGUUAAAGGACGAUAUUAAAGAAACACAGGGAAAAUUGCAAAUAAGAAGGGAAAAAAUGAACAGACUUCUCCACAAUAUGGAAUUCCUGAAACAUAAAUGUGAGGAACUGAAAAUGAAGAUCAGGUCUGUUGAGGAAAAGAUUACUGCCACAGGGUUGGAACAGUCACUGACACACGAGUCACUUAUGAAUCUGUCAAAGAAACUGUCUGAACUGCAGGCAGAGGUUGUGCCUCUGGACAAAGAACUGGAGUACUACCAAGAUUUAACUCCUAAUCCUUCCCUUGCACAAGUGAAGAUUGAAGAAGUAAAACAAGAACUGGCUGUCAUGGAUGAAGAGAUCACAAAGCGCAUUCAAAAGCUGACUGGUGACAUGUCAGAGUUCAGAAGACUCUAGUCCACCUGAAGUGGACUGUAUCGAAGAUUGCCUUUUGCUUGCCUGUUUAUUUGCACUAAUACAACAAUGUAUUCCUUGCUGUUUUUA